UGAAGGCUGUAAAAGCCGUGCAGGAUGGAGCUCUGACACUGAAUCCACUGAAUUGGCGGCUAUGGAGCGUCCUCACUUCCCACUGGCGAUGGGCCUUGGCCUGCUCGCAUUCUGCCUCCUGACCCUGUCCCCGGACGCCCGCGCCGAGCUGCGGAGCCGCAGGACAGGAGAACGCCAGAACCUGUCACUCAACGACCCGCGGGUGCAGAAGGCCGCACAGGCAGCAGUGGCCAGCUACAAUAUGGGCAGUGACAGCCUCUACUACUUCCGAGACACCAAAGUCAUCGAUGCAAAAUAUCAGCUGGUGGCUGGCAUCAAGUACUACCUGACUAUGGACAUGGAGAGCACAGAGUGCAGAAAGACCAGAGUCUCUGGAGACCACAUGGACCUCACCACCUGCCCCCUGGCUGCAGGGGGACAGCAGGAGAAGCUGCGUUGUAACUUUGAGCUCCUUGAAGUCCCCUGGAAGAACACCACUCAGCUUCUAAAGCAUGACUGCGUGCAGGUGUGACCGGCCCCAGGGUGACAGCGUCAGGAUCCCAUGGGAACAAGCAUGGUGGAGGCACCUCAGGGCCAUGAGCUGUGUCUGCUGCAAUAAAUCUCCAGCUUUGCUUCUUGCA